CUCGUUUCUUUAGAAAUUUGUGUGUUUUAAUUUUCUCUUCGACAGAACUGUAAAAUCCUGUUUUUGAAACCAAAAUUUGACAAGCGAUUAUUGAAUCAUCAUCGUCAAAGUAGUGAUCUUUUGUUCAAUUUAAUUAUUCGGGGCUUUAGUUUCAGCAAUAUUUGGUCGUUUCGUUUAGAUUCCAGCAAUCAAAUCCUCAUGCCCGACGACGAUAAAGAGUUGCAGGAACCCAAGGAAGAAGACUCCUACGUUUGGGACAGCGAUAAGCAGCUCUAUUUCCAUCACAGUAGUGGGUUUUACCAUGACCCAAAUGCUGGUUGGUAUUAUUGUAUCAAGGAUGGUCGUUACUACAAGCAUGAGAAUGGCGAAUAUGUUCCCUUGGAAUACGACGAGUCUGCCGUGAACCCUCCUGGAGAUAUUGUCACUUAUGAGCUCUCUGAAGAUGACUCAUGCAGAAAAUAUGCUGAGAAUGUAGAAAAUGGAUGUGAAGUUUUACUGAGUAAUCCUGGAGAAACUCCUUCAGAGCCAACAGGGUGCCCAAAUGACCAGGAACCUGAACAUAAUCAACGACCUUCCUCAUGGGUGGAAGAUACACUAAUCGAACUUUAUCUGGCUGGUUAUAAUCAACAUCCCAAUGCUUCCAGCUAUGAGAGGGAUUCUGGGGAAAAUAAUCAGGAUUACCAGAUGUUGUCAGCUAAUGGAGACGAUGAUGACGAGGAACUUGAAGAGGGAGAAUGGAUUCCUGAAGAAGAUUUUGAUCCACAGGAAGAGAACUUUGAUGAAGCUGCUCCUUCAAGCGAGGAAGAAAGAUGGCUAGCACAAUAUGGUCAAGUCGUCGAAUCCCUUGGGAAGACCCUGCCUGAGAUCCCGUCUGUUGAUUUGUGGGAUUGGAAACUUGUAUGUGAAUCCAGAGAAGCUGACAAUGAACAGGUGGCUAGGUUAGUAGGGAGGCUGGUCAGACGGUCUGCCAAUCUUCAUCCAUCUGUGGCUUCUGGUGGCACACUUCUCAAAACUGCUCCAAUUUGUGAAGCACGGCUUCAUCUAGUGCGAGUUAGGACAGGUCAGGUCUAUAAACUUCAAAAUCCUAGUGCCAAAUACAUUGCAUCCUUGUCAGUAUAUGACUCCUCCAACCCAACAAAAGAUUGGGGAUUCCCUGAUAUUUCAACUGCAUGGCAAAAUCCUGAUACCAAACGCAAAGCUAAGAAGGUGAAACCAAAAACUGACUGCAAACCUAAAGUGAAGCCUCGUGAAGUUGACAUGAUUGAAGAGGAGAAAAAACGCAAAGCUAAGAAGGUGAAAGCAAAAACUGACUGCAAACUUACAGUGAAGCCUCGUGAAGUCGACAUGUUUGAAGAGCAAGACACAAAACGCGAAUCUAAGAAGGUGAAACCAAAAACUGACUGCAAACUCACAAUGAAGCCACGAGAUGAAGUCAACAUGAUUGAAGAGCAGAGAAGCUGUUCAUACAGAGAUAGAGCCGCUGAGAGAAGAAAUUUGCAUGGUGGAUAUGGUGUUGGACCAGGUCAAAAAGGAACAACAGUGGGCCAUGACACGGACGAGCAUUCAGUUCCCGACACUGCUCCUGAAGAGGAUACUGUAGGAGAAGCAUUGGAGCUAUCAUUUGGAUCUGGAAGUUAUGCAAGGAGGAUAAUGGGAAACAUGGGUUGGAAGGAGGGGGAGACGCUAGGGAAGAAUACAAAAGGUUUGGUAGAACCGAUACAAGCAGUGGGAAACACUGGGAAUGUAGGGCUAGCAAUCGAAUUCAUGUCGAUGAUGGCGGGUAUACAAGGCCAGAUUCUCGAGGUCACUGUUGUUGGGUGCCAGAAAUUGAAAGACACGGAAUGGUUUUCAAGGCAAGAUCCAUACGUCGUCAUUGAGUAUAGCAGCACAAGGCAUCGUACCAGAACCUGCACAGAUGGUGGAAAGAACGCUGUUUUCCAAGAGAAGUUUAUGUUCACUUUGCUUGAAGGGCUUAGGGAUAUUAAGGUAGCUGUCUGGAAUAGCAACACUCUCUCCACUGAUGACUUCAUUGGGAAUGCAACGAUUCAAUUGCAGAAGGUUCUUUCUCAGGGAUACGACGACUGUACCUGGACUCUGCAGACUAAAACUGGGAGAUUCGCUGGAGAAGUAAGACUCAUAUUGCAUUAUCCAGGAGCAAAGAAACAUAAUUACGGGUCUGCGCCAUCAGCACCUUAUGCGCCUCAAGUACCUCAAUACUCAGCACCGCCUUCUGCAUCUCCGUAUUCAUCAGCACCACCAUACUCUGGACCAUCUCUAUACCCACAAGUACAACAAUACCCUCAGCCAUCAGGAUACCCACCAGCUUCAGCUUAUCCUCCUCAGCCAUCUGCCUAUCCUCCUCCCUCAACCUCGGCCUACCCUCCGGUUCCUUCAGCUUACCCUCCUCCUCCGCCAUCCUCAGCUUACCCUCCUCCUCCAUACCCUCCUCAACCAUCAUAUUACCCACAAGGUCCAUACCCAGGACAAUACCCACCACCUCCGUACUAGAGCCUCAGGCGUUUAGAAUUUGACAGGAAGUGGUUAUGAUGUAUAGAGAUAAUAGUGAUGGUGUUCUCUAGAAUUUGGCUACGAAUUUCUUUGUUUUUUAAUAUCUUCCUUGUGCUAUUGCUAGCGUGAUGGUUAAUUUU